AUGAUUGUGACGUUCAUUUCAUUCCUGGAGGGAUUAUUAGCAUUUCGAAAUUUCAUUGUUACGUUGAUCACUUUUAUCAUUAUCAUAGUAAUAACACUGAUUAUUAAAUGCACUUUCACUAUUGCUAUGAGCAUACAUAGUAGGGACUUGCUGUUUGCAGGUGACAAUUCGGAUGAAGAAGGAUGCGGGCAGUAUCUAUGCCCGCCACAGCAGUGGAACUGUCCCGGAUCUGGUCACUGCAUCGAUGAAACAAAAUUGUGUGAUGGAAAAGCAGAUUGUUCGGAUGGUGCGGAUGAAAAAAACUGCUCAUCGAAUCUGUGCCCGUCACUGGGCUGCCAAGCUGGUUGUCAUCCGUCGCCAUCGGGUGGUGUUUGUACAUGCCCUGUUGGCUAUAAAUUGGAUGAACGCUUUCACAGGACAUGUUCAGGUAUGGCUAAAGUGACCAUUAUUUAG